AUGCAGGAGUCUUUUACUCCGAACUUAUUACCACCAGAAUCGGACGUCUGCGUCCUAUCAGACGACAACAACUACAGCAAAUGUUUCUACUGCCAGGAAAGAUUCGGCAACACAGCUGAACAGAUUUGGCCAAACCCAAACACAAAACCAUUCCACUGUCACGAGUGCGACAUCAAAUUCUACAAACUCGACCACUUUGUUGACCAUUUCACUACCCACAAAGUCCAUGGCGAAGUCAGGCAGCCGUUCUUGUGUCCCACAUGUAACAAAGGGUUUGAAAAUAUCAUUGCAUUUUCACAGCACGUUGCAUCCCACAUGGAAGGUAAACUGUACGCCUGUCCUCACUGCGAUGAAUCGUUUGAAUUCGAGAGCAACUUGAUUGGUCACCAGGUGUUACAUAACAAGAAGAUUGAUGGCCUCAUGAAGUGCGAAUCAUGUGAGGCUCUCUUUCCAAUUGAGAACUUUGUCGCUGACCGGCUGAAUUCCAAGGAGUUGUACAGCUGUGAGAUCUGUUUGCUGGACAACUUCUCUGACCUGCUGGAGUUGUGUUUGCACAGAGCAGUGCUUCAUCCAAGCUAUACGUACAGGUGUGCGCAGUGCAGGAAAAUGAGUGUUAGCUCUCAGAAGCAAAAUCCUGGGGGAAAUGGCGGGACCCUAUGUGAAGGGGACGUCGAGAGCCUAUGCAAUGGGGAAGACAACAGCGAGGUUAAGAACUCCGAGGAACCGGGUGACUUGAGUGAUAAUGAAAACCUUUCACAAGCAUUGAGCAUUCUCGGUCAGCAGGCAGGUCAUGAAAACGGGCGAGGGGCCAUGCUGGACUUGGGGGUUGUCUGUGAGAACACCACUAGUCAUAGUAAUAAAAAUAACAAGAAGAAAAGAAAGCCCUCCGUUAGUAGUAACAGUAACACUACAGCUGCUACUGUCAUCACAAAUAACAGCAGUGGUGGUGGUCAUGUGGAGAGUCGAUGUCAAACCAAACAUUGUUGA